AUUUAGCUUCGUAGGCUGCAUUCAGAACAGCACAGAAAAUUUUGGCAUUCUUGAUAGUAAUAAACUUUAUUCUAUAAAGAAAUUCCAUAAACUUCUUCAAAUCGGUAGUCUCAGCUUCAUCUGUCACAACAGGAUGGAUCACCACGACUGGCAACGAGGGAGAGGCAGGGGGCACAAGCACUAUGACGAUGAUGAUGAUGAGGCCCAGCCAUUCUACAUCGGUGUUCCGGUUUCCCAUCGGCGGAAAAGGCGCAGACAUCACUCCUAUGCCAGCGAUGCCAACCGUGAUUCACGACACACACACUAUGAUCACCACACGCACCAUGAGCACUCACACCGAGGAUAUUAUCAUAACAGAGAGGAGCACUAUAAUGAGGAAGAAGGUGGUGAAGAUUGUCAUGAGCACACCGAUCCCACAGUCUCCCCUGCUGCUGAGCGGCUGCGCCACAUAUUAGGGGACGAUGACAGCACCCCAACACCCACAAUAUUCACUGAGAUGGACACAUUACAGCAGGAGGGGGGUGAAUUAGAGUGGAAAGAGUCUGCGAGGUGGGUGAAGUUUGAGGAGAAGGUGGAGGAGGGAGGAGAAAGAUGGAGCAAGCCUCACGUCUCCACACUGACCCUCCACAGUCUGUUUGAGCUGAGGACCUGCCUGCAGACAGGAAGCAUUCUGCUUGGCCUAGAAGGCUACUCACUGCCACAGAUUGUGGAGGAGAUCGUGGAUCGGCAGAUAGCUGACGGUCUCAUCCCUCCUGAUCUGAAGGAGAAGAUUAUCUUUGUGUUGCUCAGGAAGCACCGUCAUCAGACCAAGAAACCAAUCCACCGCUCUCUGGCAGACAUAGGAAAGUCCUCCAAUACUGCAUCCAGCCGUAGUCCUCAGGUUAAUCUCAGUCGUAGCACUAGUUCAGCUUCUGGGAUUCACCACUCCACAGAAGACCUACGCUCUCGGCAGUCAAGCAGCCUUGGCCGCCUGCAUCCCGCUCAGAGUAGAAGCAUGAAUGAUAUUUCAGAUACUCCGAGCACCGACCAGCUUAAGAAUAAAUUCAUGAAGAAGAUACCUCGUGAUGCUGAAGCCUCCAAUGUCCUGAUUGGGGAGGUGGAUUUUCUGGACAAACCCUUCGUCUCCUUUGUACGUUUGGCUCAAGCUACAACUCUGGGAGGGCUCACUGAGGUCCCCGUGCCAACCAGAUUUCUCUUCAUCCUUCUGGGUCCUCAUGGCAAAACCAAGUCCUACAAUGAGAUUGGCAGAGCUAUUGCUACGCUCAUGGUGGAUGAUCUGUUUAGUGAUGUUGCCUAUAAGGCAAGAGACCGUGAAGACUUGAUUGCAGGUGUUGAUGAGUUUCUAGAUGAGGUGAUUGUCCUUCCUCCAGGAGAAUGGGACCCCAAAAUACGCAUUGAACCCCCCAAGAAGGUUCCAUCAGCAGAAAUGAGGAAGUCGGUGCUGAACUUGAACGAGCUGGGUCAGAUGAAUGGUUUGGCCGGCGGGGCAGCUGGAGGUGAAGAUGAGGAGCUUCCAGUUCCACAUGAGCUGGGAGAAGAGCUGAAAUUCACUGGAAGGAUUGGUGGUGGAUUAUGGCUGGAUAUCAAAAGGAAGAUCCCAUGGUAUUGUAGUGAUAUUUAUGAUGGCUUCCAUAUCCAGUCCAUCUCUGCUGUGCUCUUCAUCUACCUGGGCUGCAUCACCAAUGCCAUCACUUUUGGAGGACUGCUAGGGGAUGCUACAGACAAUUACCAGGGAGUAAUGGAGAGUUUUCUUGGCACCGCUUUAGCCGGGACCGUCUUUUGCUUGUUUGGCGGACAGCCUCUUAUCAUCUUGAGUUCAACUGGACCCAUUCUCAUCUUUGAAAAACUGCUUUAUGAAUUCAGCAAGAGCAAUGAUGUGGACUACAUGGAGCUGCGCCUGUGGAUUGGCCUUCACUCGUGUCUGCAGUGUCUUUUACUAGUUCUUUCAGAUGCUAGCUACAUCAUCAAAUAUAUGACCCGCUUCACAGAGGAGGGUUUCUCCAGCCUCAUCUCCUUCAUAUUUAUCUCUGAUGCAAUCAAGAAGAUGGUCGCAGCCUUUAAAUAUUACCCAAUCAACCGUGGCUUCAAGCCUGAUUACAUCACAGCCUAUAAGUGUGAAUGCCUCGCUCCAGACCAGGUGUCUGCGCUGGGCUUGAAUGCUUCAGCUCCACUCGCAGAUGAUAAUAUGACUCUGCUGUUUAACUUAACAGACCUGGACUGGAGUCAGCUGAGUAAGAAAGAGUGUGUCAAGUAUGGUGGUAUGCUGGUGGGGAACUUCUGUAAGUAUGUCCCCGACCUGGCCCUCAUGUCCUUCAUCCUCUUCUUUGGCACCUACUCCAUGACAGUUUCUCUUAAGAAGUUCAAGUUCAGCCGAUACUUCCCAACAAAGCUGAGGAAGCUAAUCAGUGAUUUUUCCAUCUUCAUGUCAAUCAUGUGCUUUGUGGGUCUGGAUAUGCUGAUGGGGUUAGACACACAAAAACUAAUCGUUCCAACCGAGUUCAAGCCUACACGCAGUGACCGUGGCUGGCUGGUGAUGCCCUUUGGUAAAAACCCCUGGUGGUGGAGUGUGGCCAGUUUCGUUCCAGCUCUUCUGGUUACCAUCCUCAUCUUCAUGGACCAGCAGAUCAGUGCUGUCAUUGUCAACCGCAAGGAAAACAAGCUGAAGAAAGGCUGUGGCUACCACUUGGACCUGUUCUGGGUAGGUGUGCUGAUGGCAGUGUGUUCCUUCAUGGGCCUGCCCUGGUAUGUAGCAGCCACUGUUAUCUCCAUCGCCCACAUUGACUCACUGAAGAUGGAGAGUGAAUCCAGCGCCCCUGGAGAGCAGCCACAAUUCCUUGGAGUCAGGGAGCAGAGGUUGACAGGCACUUUGGUGUUCGUUCUGACAGGACUCUCAGUCUUCCUCGCACCUAUACUUCAGUACAUCCCCAUGCCAGUCCUUUAUGGAGUCUUCCUCUACAUGGGAGUGGCUUCACUGAGUGGCAUCCAGUUCUGGGAACGUAUCAAGCUGUAUCUGAUGCCACCCAAACACCAGCCAGACUUCUCCUUCCUGCGUCAUGUCCCGAUGAGACGCGUCCACCUUUUCACCCUCGUCCAGAUCAUGUGUCUAGCAGUUCUCUGGAUCCUUAAGUCCACGUUUCUGGCCAUCAUCUUCCCAGUAAUGAUUCUUGGUCUGAUGGUUGUGCGGAAGCUGCUGGAUUUGAUGUUCUCUCAACACGACUUGGCCUGGCUGGACGACCUCCUGCCAGACAAAGACAAGAAGAAGAAAGAAGAUGAUAAAAAGAAGAAGAAGAAGAAAGACAAGAAGGCAGCAGAGCCGGAGAGUGAUGAGGAGGAGCUGAACCUUUACUCAACAGUCACAUCUGAUCAAAAUGAGCUAGACCGCAGCAUCACUCUGCACCUGAAGAUCUCCUGCCCCCCCUCACCUGCCCACUCCCAGAUGAGCCUCGAGCCUCCUCUGCAGCAGCCACCACGCCAGCCUGUACCCACAGUCAGCAUCCGGGUGGAGUCAGACUGCGAGGAGUCUGGCUUCUACUCCCAACAUCAGCACGACCUUUACCCCUCAGAUGACCUGUCACUCACUAAUGUACACAAAGGGGCUUACAGGAAAUUGCGAGCUCACUUUGGUGACUCGUGUGCUGAAACCAUUCUGUAAACACAAUGAGGGAAGGUGCAAAGUGCUGCUAACUGAUCACAGCUCAUAACUGCCUCAUGUCUCCUUUUGGUUUUUGAAUCAGGUCUGCUUUGGCACACCAGCUUCUAGUUACACUAAUAUAAACUAAACGCACAAUCCCUCUGAAUCCAUCACUGCACGGCUGAUGACUCAGUGUUUCGCUUACAUUUCUGAUGUAAAAUCCAGAUAAACAUUUAAAAGCUGUUUUCAUCCUCACUUCAAUUCAUUCAUGCAUUUAAUUUUGAGGUGAUUUUCCUUUUAUUGUAUCAGUUAAGAUUUUAAAUAGUAUGAAAUUCACUGUCAGAAGUUUUCUGAUAAUUUGUGCAGUUGUGAAUACAGUACCUGUAACAUGAAAUUUGUAAAAGAUGCAGCA